CCCUGUAUUGGGAGGGGGCAGUGAAAGGGAGAGGGUAGGGAGAUCUUCACUAUGUAUAAUAUUUAUAUUCCCACACAGUGUUGGAAAAGUGUAAAUUUUAUUCUUACAUUAACCCCUAUAUAAAAGACUUCAAAUUCUGUCUUACAAUUGAAUAUUUUUAUGUCUCAGCCCCUGCCACAGCAACUAAAUAGAUUAUAUAAAUAAUUUUAAGAACUCCUGAGGAUAGGAACCACUUCUAAUCCAAUCAUUAUAGCAAAUAUUCUAUAAUUACCUGUGUGUUAUAAAGCUUCAUGUCUGAAAGUCUUUGUAUAUGUGUGUACAUGCAUGUUGAACAGUGAUAAUUUAACCUAGGUCUUUGUGCACACUAGGCAAGUACUUAACCACUAAGCUACAGCUCUAGACCUAAAAGUCUUUCUCUGUGUGUGUUAGAAGUCAUCAUACUUGGCCCAGACUAUGGUUGUGGAGAAGACAAAUCCAGGACAUCAGUAGGAUUUGAAGUACCAAGUCCCAUCUUUCAAAGGCUCUGCUGAUAGAUGACUCUUGAAUGUACUGCAGUCUGCCAACAACUUGCAUUCUGGAGAAUCUAUUUUAAAAUUCCUUGGCCAUGCUGAGUAGCCUUUUAUAUUAAAUUAGAGAUUGAAACUUUGGAGUGUGUAGAAUCACUAGCAAGUAACAAGAUCUGACUUCUGCUUUUCAAAUCAGAGAAGAAAAAUGAGUAAAAAAAGAAAAACAACAGGACAUGGAUUUGAUUGACAUACUUUGGAGGCAAGAUAUAGAUCUUGGGGUAAGUCGAGAAGUGUUUGACUUCAGUCAGCGACAGAAGGAGUAUGAACUGGAAAAACAGAAAAAACUUGAAAAGGAAAGACAAGAGCAACUCCAAAAGGAGCAAGAGAAAGCCUUUUUUGCUCAGUUACAAUUAGAUGAAGAAACAGGUGAAUUCCUCCCAGUUCAAUCUACCCAACACAUCCAGUCAGAAACCAGUGGAUCUGCCAACUACCCCCAGGUUGCCCACAUUCCCAAACCAGACGCUUUGUACUUCGAUGACUGCAUGCAGCUUAUGGCAGAGACAUUCCCAUUUGUAGAUGACAACGAGGUUUCUUCAGCUACGUUUCAUCAGUCACUUAUCCUGGAUAUUCCCAGUCACAUGGAGAGUCCAGGCUUUGUGGCUUCUAAUCAGGCUCAGUCACUUGAAACACCUUUUGAAGUGGCCAUGAGUGAUUUAAACACCAUACAGCAGGACUUUGAGCAAGUUUGGGAAGAGCUACUUUCCAUUCCAGAACUGCAGUGUCUUAAUAUUGAAAAUGAGAAGCUGGUUGAGACUACUAGUGAGGUUUCAAGCCCAGAAGCCAAACCAACAGAAAUUGACAAUUACCAUUUGUACUCAUCAAUCCCCUCACUGGAAAAGGAAGUAGGGAAUUGCAGCCCACAUUUUAUUAAUGCUUUUGAGGAUUCAUUCAGCAGCAUCUUCUCUACAGAAGAUCCCAGCCAGUUGACAGUGAACUUGUUAAAUCCAAAUGCCACAUUAAACACAGAUUUGGGUGAUGAGUGUUAUUCUGUUUUUAUAGCAGAACCCAAUGUCCACAACAACUUGCCCUCCUCUGUUACUACAAGCCAAUCAUUCUCUGAAUUCCUCAGUGAGUUCAUUGAUGACUCUGAUCUAUCACUUUGUAAAGUUUUCAACCAAAAGCAUUCUGAAAACACAAAAGAAUUCAAUGAUUCUGACUCUGGCAUUUCACUGAACACAAGUUUCAGCAUAGCAUCCCCGGAACACUCAGUCGAAUCUUCCAUCUAUGGAGACCCACCACCAGGCUUCAGUGAUUCUGAAAUGGAAGAACCAGAUAGUGCCCCUGGAAGUGUCAAACAAAGUACUAAAACACAGUCAGUAGUGCAUUCUGAGAAUUCAGUGCAACCUCUGUCACCAACUCAAGGGCACAGUGCUCCUAUGCAUGAUGUUCAAUGUGAAAACACACCAAAGAAAGAAUUGCCUGUAAGUCCUGGUCAUCAAAAAGCCCCAUUCACUAAAGACAAACACUCAAGCCGUUUAGAGGCUCAUCUCACAAGAGAUGAGCUUAGAGCAAAAGCUCUUCAUAUCCCAUUCCCUGUAGAAAAAAUCAUUAAUCUCCCUGUUGAUGACUUUAAUGAAAUGAUGUCCAAAGAGCAAUUCAAUGAAGCUCAACUUGCCUUAAUUCGAGAUAUACGUAGGAGGGGUAAGAAUAAAGUGGCUGCUCAGAAUUGCAGAAAAAGAAAACUGGAAAAUAUAGUAGAACUGGAGCAAGACUUAGGUCAUUUAAAAGAUGAAAAAGAAAAAUUACUCAAAGAAAAAGGAGAAAAUGACAAAAGCCUCCAUCUACUGAAAAAACAACUCAGCACCUUGUAUCUUGAAGUCUUCAGCAUGUUACGUGAUGAAGAUGGAAAACCUUACUCUCCAAGUGAAUAUUCCCUGCAGCAAACAAGAGAUGGCAAUGUAUUCCUUGUUCCCAAAAGUAAGAAGCCAGAUGUUAAAAAAAAAUUGGUUUAGAUCAAUCUUUCUGAGCUAGUGAAUUUUCUGGGUUUUUUUUUUGUACUGUUAUACUAAAAACCUCCUGUGAUGUGAAAUACAGAAACAUACUUUACAAAGUAAUUCUAUGCAAAAUAGCUGAAACUAGUGUAGAAAACAUGAAACUUACAGUAUGUUGAAUCAAUAGUUUCAUUUUAACAGUGAAGUUAAUUUCUUAAGACACGGUUUGAGCUAGUUUUUGUGUAAGUGUAAAUACUAUAAGACUUAUUUAUACUGUUCUUAAUCUCAUUUGUUACAUUCAUAGAUUUAUAUGAUAGAACAGGACCUCCCGCUAAAAGCAAAUUAUUGCAAAACUAACCAUAGUUUUUUAAAAUAAAUAUUGUAUGAAAAAUGGAAUUUUUAUAUUGUUGUUUAGCGCAGGAGAAAAACACAACUGAAAAGGGUUGACUAAUAAAGGAGUAUUAUGAUU